CAUCAGCAUUUGAGAGCAAGAAUCAACUUGCAGACCAGGAAGCAGUUCGAAACAACACAGAGUUGCAUAACAAAACACAGAUCCAGUCCAGCAUUCUAUCAAGAUGAUGACCACGUACCGAUCUCUGAGGGAGUCUGCAGUGAAACUCAUGUGUUUCAUCUCGUUUACGGCGGUUUUUCUGCCUUCGGUCCUGGGAGCUCGUAUGAUUCUUGAUUUUCCAACGCUGCCUCCGCUCCCAACUCUUUCUAUUCAGCUUCCAACACUGCCUCCGCUCCCAACUCUUUCUACUCAGCUUCCUACCCUGCCUCCUCUACCAACUCUUCCUUCUCAUCUUCCAUCGCUACCUCCGCUCCCAACUCUUCCACCUCGUCCUGCUCAUAUUCCAAACCUGCCUUCUCUUCCUACUCUUCCACCUCUUCCUGCUCAUCUUCCAUCGCUUCCACCUCGUCCUACUCACAUUCCCACGCUACCUCCUCUUCCAACACUUCCACCUCUUCCCACUCACAUUCCAACUCUUCCUCAGCCUUCUAUCCCCCGUUCUCCUCCAUCGAAAUCACCAUCUCCCGCUCCUUCAUCUUAAUCUUUCCCCGUUCGAUAUCCUAGCACGGUCAGCCAACGCUGGGACAUGUCGAUCAUCUUCCAGUGACUGUCACCGGGUGAUGCUGUCGUCUUCAGCUUUUACAGCAACAAUUUCUUCUUCCAUUUUGGUCAGUCUUUCGGAGAUGGACUGUUCCCUUCGGACAUAAAAGUGCUCACCGACUCCAACACAUGAAGGUUUUAAGGAGGGAAGGUCGGAUGAUUAAAAAUAUCAUCACGUUGGGGAUCUUCAUCCAUGUGCUUACACGUGCCUUUCACUUAAUCCGUUCUGGAAGCGAAAUUUACAUUCUGCUCUCACUCGUGCCGCAGGAUCCAGAUUCAGCGCUUAGUCUGGGAAUCUGGAACCGAUCACAGACAAACUUCAGUUCCUUUCAAACAUAUAGACGGCAACGUCAUUCGCGUUCAUAAUGCAAUAAGCAGUGUAAUAAGUUUAGUGCGAUGAUUAGCCGAUCAGAUAGUAGAGGAAAAAUUCUCGUUAACUGCAGUGGGCAAUCAGUGAAGCCUUAAUGUCGCUGCCGUGUUACAUGUGUAGGGUGCUAGCUACUGAUUUAUUCUUCCUAACCUGGAAUAAUAUAGUCCCGGAAGAAAAGUAGAAACUGUUGGGCUCAAUUUGCAUCAAGCAAUAAAUUUACUUCGGAAUUCUUUCGAUUCUUC